UACUUCAGACUAUUCUCUCUUUCUAUAUAUAACCUCUUUUUAUUUUUGGCAGCAUUACUAUAUAUUCUGUUUAACAUGCCAUAAACUGGAAACCCAGAUUUUAGUUUCAACUUGUUUCAAAUGAAAGUGUCGAGUUUUCUCUUCUUCCUCUUCCUAUACCUUUCUCUUUUCCUCUCUGACACCUCCCAUGGCGGCAGUGAUGAUGAUGAUGAUACGGCAAGCAAUAAGAGACAUAACCUACGUUCUAAAUCCCUGGUUCUGGUCAAGAUCUGGUGCUUGAUUCUCGUGUUUGUAGGGACCUUCAUUAGUGGGGUGUCGCCCUAUUUUCUUAAAUGGAACCAGGGUUUUCUGGUGUUGGGAACUCAGUUUGCAGGUGGGGUUUUCUUGGGGACUGCCAUAAUGCAUUUCUUGAGUGAUGCUAAUGAAACGUUCGAGGAUUUGACGACUAAACAAUACCCUUUUGCUUUUAUGUUGACUUGUGUUGGAUAUUUAGUCACUAUGGUGGCUGAUUCUGUGGUUUCUUAUGUGUAUGGCAAAGGAAAGGGUUCAUCAUGUAAUACUUAUGAUUUGGAGCUUCAUGGGACAGGCACCGGGACAGACGCUGCCUGUGAACGGUCCUCAUCGCUCUCUUCUGUGAGUUCUUUCGGGGAUAGUGUUUUGUUGAUAGUUGCCUUGUGCUUCCAUUCGGUGUUCGAAGGCAUUGCCAUCGGAGUUGCGGAGACCGAAGCCGAUGCAUGGAAAACCUUAUGGAUAAUCUCAUUGCAUAAGAUAUUUGCAGCCAUUGCAAUGGGAAUAGCACUGCUCCGAAUGAUCCCCGACCGUCCAUUUUUGUCAUGCAUAGCCUACGCGUUCGCAUUCGCCAUAUCGAGUCCGGCUGGUGUAGCCAUCGGGAUCAUACUCGAUGCCACAACAGAGGGUGUUAUGGCUGAUUGGAUAUUUGCCAUAUCAAUGGGGUUAGCCUGUGGAGUGUUCAUCUAUGUAUCCAUAAACCAUUUGCUAUCUAAAGGUUAUACGCCCCAUAAGACAGUUUCAGUCGACAAACCUCACUACAAGUUCUUGGCUGUCUUGUUAGGUGUUGGAGUGAUUGCUGUGGUAAUGAUUUGGGACAAUUGAACUAAUAAUUUUCAAAUUUGGUACAUUAGCAGUUUUUUUUUUUUUAGUAUAGAAUUGAACCAGGUAGAUCAAGUUAAGUUUGUUUCUAGUCUUCUCCUUUUUAUAUACAAAGAGUUUGUCUCUAGUCUCUGUCAUAGUUGCUCGCGUCCGGCGAUAACCCGUGAGGGGUUUAAGUUAUGUUGGCCUAAAUUUUAGGAUUUGACUCAUGUGUUUGCUUUA